AUGACCUCUGCUCAACUACAGCAGUUUUCCACGUGGUGGAAUGGUCCCACCUGGCUUUCGCAAACGUCUCGGUUUUGGCCAUCACUUGGACGUCAAACCGAGAAGAAAUUCGGUUCCGACGAGUUGGAAGAACGAACUGUUGUCCUUACUGCUCAUAUAACUCCCUCGAAUGAGCUGUUCUCAAAAUAUUCGUCGUUUAUGAAACUGGUACGUGUUGUUGCUUGGUUACUUCGAUACUGCCACAAUGCCAGCAGUACUAAAGAAAAUAAAAAACGGAGAAUUGGGUGCUUGUCAACUAUGGAAAUAAACACCGCGACCCAAGUAGUAGUGAAGCUAGCCCAAAUGGAACGUUUCGCUAACGAUAUCGCAGAACUUCAUCGGUGCAAACAAGUAAAAUCCAAUUCGCGCCUGAAAGCGUUAUUCCCGAUAUUGGUAGAUGGCAUACUGCGCGUCGGUGGCCGGCUACGACAUGCUCCAGUAAGCUACAAUCAACGCCAUCCGAUUAUUCUGCCGGAUAAACAUCCGCUGACGAACCUAAUUAUGAUUCAUUAUCAUCACAAAUUGCUGCAUGCUGGUCCACAGCUAAUGAUUGCUGUGGUGCGAGAAAGGUUUUGGCCUCUUCGAAUCAGAAAUAUUGCUCGCAGGGUAGUCCAUUCUUGCGUCAGCUGUUUCCGCUGUAAACCAAAGGUCUUGGAGCAACUAAUGGGCGAAUUACCUCAAGAACGUGUCACACCUACAUUUCCGUUCCUGCGAACUGGUGUGGAUUAUUGUGGUCCCUUUUACUUUCGUCCUGCCAAACGAGCUGCAGCAGUCAAAUGUUAUGUUGCUGUGUUUGUAUGUCUCGUGACAAAGGCACUGCAUCUUGAAUUUGUCACAGAUCUCACUUCUGAUGCCUUCAUCGCCGCUCUUAAGCGAUUUGUGUCGCGCAGAGGCAUACCUGAGCUCAUCGAAUGCGAUAAUGGGCUAAAUUUUCAAGGCGCACAAAGACAACUUCAAGAGCUUGCUCGUUUAUUUCGCUCGCAGCAUCAUCAGAAAUUGGUAGCUCGCCACUUUGAAGACGACAACAUAACCUUCAAGUUUAUACCGCCACGGUCCCCGAAUUUUGGCGGACUCUGGGAGGCAGCAGUCAAAUCGCUCAAGAAGCAUCUGCGCUGCACAUUGGGAAAUGUCAUCCUGUAUCACGACGAAUUUGUGACUUUACUUACUCAAAUUGAAUCAUGUCUCAAUUCUCGCCCCCUGACACAGCUAAGCUCAGAUCCAAAUGACCUGGAAGUGCUCACUCCCGGGCACUUUCUGGUCCAUCGUUCAUUAAAGGCCAUCCCGGAACCCAGUAUGGAAGGGGUUUCAUUCAACCGGCUAAACCGCUGGCAGCAGACCCAAGAAUACGUUCGAAAAAUUUGGAAACAAUGGCAAUCCGAAUAUCUAUCAGGGCUGCAACCUCGCACACGUUGGACUGUUGAGCGUGACAACAUCAAGAUCGGCACAAUGAUCCUUUUAAAGGAAGACAACCAACCCCCGCUGAAGUGGAAAGUAGGACGAAUUACGGAGAUCUUCAAGGGCAACGACAACCACAUCCGCGUCGUGACCGUGAGGACAUCCCAAGGAGAGUACCGCCGUUCAAUCAGCAAGAUCUGUGUACUACCGGUUCAACAGUCUGAUCAUCCUGACAGCACUGAAGCUGCUGAUCCACAAGGAGGGAACUGA